AUGGAGAAUUCGACAUUAAGUACAAAUGUUGAAACACAAUAUCUUUCACAUCGAAUUAAAUUUGCAAUUCUCUUAACUUUACAAAUUCCGUCAAUUAUCAUUUCAUUACUCAUUUUUCUUUAUUUCUUUACUCAUCAAUCCAUUUUUUAUAUUCGUCAAAAUCAAGCUUUACUUGUUCUAUUAAUUGUCAAUUUUAUUCAAGUAACAUUCGAUUUACCAAUGGUUAUUCAUUUCAAUCGUCUUGGUUAUAUAAGUCCAGCAACAAAUGCUUAUUGUAAAUGGUGGACAUUUCUUGAAUAUUCUCUCAAUGGUACCAAUGAAAUGUUAAUGGCAACAAUAUCCAUUCAACGACAUAUUCUUAUCUUUCAUGCAAAUCUCUUCAAUAAUCGAUUAAAUCGAUAUGUUUUUCAUCAUUUGCCACUUCUCAUUUGUAUUAUUUAUCCAAUGAUUUUUUACAUAAUUAUCAUUUUAUUUGAUACUUGCGAUGGAACUCAAUGGAAUUUCUAUGCGAAUAUCUGCGGAUUGGCAAAUUGUUAUAUGGUUUAUGAAAAAUCUUUAGCAACAUUUGAUUGGGUAUUUAAUAAUGGUUUUCCAAUCAUUGUCAUCACUCUUGCAGAUGUAUCUUUGAUUAUUCGAGUAGUUCGACAAAGACUUCGUCGACAUGGAUCAGUUUCUUGGAAGAAACAACGACGAAUGACAAUACAAUUAUUGAGUGUGUCGUGUCUUUAUAUGAUCGCUUGGUUUCCAGGAAUAAUUGUCGCAGCAAUUCAAUAUUUAGUUUCACCAACAUUUCUUUUAGAUAUUCAAGUUGAAUAUAUCUUUUAUUUAACCUAUAUGAUUUGUUUAUUUAUUCCUUGGAUUUGUUUGGGAUUAUUUCCAGAAUUUAUCAAAUGGAUUUGGAAAAACGUGACACCUCGAAAAACAUCGAGUAAUAUUGUCAAACCUUUGCAAAAAUCCUCACAGUAA